AACAUUCUACAUACAGCAUCUUUGAUUUUUAUCUAAAAAUAAACUAAAUUCUCACCAUCAUUUUACUACUUGUUGGCGUGCAGCACAAUUUAUAAUUUUUCAAUUUAAUUAGAUAAUCAUGGAAUCAAAUGUGACAGACUCAUCAAGUGAUGGCAAUGGCGCCAAAAUACUCGCCAUGACUUCUCUUGGACUGGGUAGUUUCAUAUUUGGUAUGUUACCAGCAGCAAUAUCAGAAAGAAACCGUAGACGAUUCCCAUUUUGUACCUCCUUGAUGCUAUGCUUUGGGGCUGGGAUUCUACUAGCUACAGCAAUGGUUCACAUGCUUCCUGAUGUCCGUCGAACAAUGCCCAACAAUGCAGAGGUUUAUUUCUGUGUUGGAUUCUUUUUUGUCUAUUUCAUUGAUGAAUUUAUUCACUAUUUCUUUGGAGAAGCUAUACAGCAUUCUCAUAGUGAAUCAUCGGGUGAGACUAACAGUCAGCAUCAACAUAGUCAUAGUCAUAAUAACUAUGGUUCUAAUAAUGAAUCAGAGCCAUUAGUUCGACCAAAUACCUCAAGAUGUGCAGAAAAUGAAAAAGUGCAACAAUGUGAAACAGUUAUAAGACAAGCAAAUGAACGCAUUUGUCAUACUAGUCAUCGAGAACCCUGUGUCCAGAGCAUGACUGGAGCAUUUGGUCUAUUUGUUGCUCUUUCGUUGCACUCAUUUGUUGAAGGCUUGGCAAUAGGUGUUCAAAAUUCUGGUUCAAAGGUGCUUUUUCUCCUCGGUGCCGUUGCAUGUCAUAAAUUAGUUAUGGGAUUUUGUUUGGGACUAGAAUUUCGUUCAAAUCCUCGCACAAAUUUCCAAUCUCAAUUACUAGCUAUUUUGGUUUUUUCUCUUGGUUCAGUUAUAGGCAUUGGUGUGGGAAUGGCAUUUGUGAAUUUACCAUCGAGUUGGUCAGGUACUGCAUUGCCAAUUAUACAAGCUUUAGCCGGAGGUACGUUAUUUUAUGUGACUGUGUGUGAAGUAAUGCCUCGAGAGAAAGCUCGAUGGCAUCAGAAACCUGAGAGACGAACAGCAGGUCUUGCACAAUUUGUGGCCGUUGGACUAGGAUUUACUGUUAUGACGAUAAUAAAUUUUUAUAUUGGCGAUGAUUAGUAGACGAAUUUCGACAACUCAGACCAUUUUUUUAAAAUUGUUAUUAAAUGUUAGUUAAGACAAAAUAAGUGUUGUAAUUAAAGAAGAUGCCAAAUAAAGUGUAAACAAUGUCAAUGAUUUAUUUUUAUACAUA